AUGCAAAAGUUAAUGAGAAUUAUUACUUCAAUUAUCUUAAUUUUUGCUUUUGUCGCCCUUGUCGCCGCUGAUAGUGUCACACUUUGUGGUGUAUGCUCUGGUUCAGGACUCCUUCAAUGUGGUAGUGGUGGAUCAAAGAAAUGUGUUAAUGUUCCUGUUGGAAGAUGUUAUAAUUUCAAUGAUAUUUGUACAGGUCUGCCAAUGCCAUACACCUAUUACAUUAGUUCAAUUGACACUGGUUAUGCUCUUGGAUCGGUUUAUACUUCUAUGUCUGAUUGUUCCUCCCAGAUCAACGCCUCACCACUUGCGGAGUCUUGUGGAGAUUGUCAACAAGGUACCACACUCACCUGUAACGAUGGUAAUGGUUCUUACUCAUUGGCUUCAUUCGAACAAAUUGUUUUUGAUAAAAAGAAAUUUAAAUAUUUAACAAGUGAAAAUGUACCUAAAUAUACAUUUAACUCUAUUCGAUGUGAUUUUAAUAAAAUCCUUGGUUCUUUGGAUGCUAGGAUUCAAAUAAUAUUUAUGGAAGUUGAAUCGUUUGGUUUAAUUAUUACUUCAAUUAUCUUAAUUUUUGCUUUUGUAGCUCUUGCCGCCGCUGACAGUGUCACACUUUGUGGUGUAUGCUCUGGUUCAGGACUCCUACAAUGUGGUAGUGGUGGAUCGAAGAAAUGUGUCAAUGUUCCACUUGGAACAUUAAUUUCAAAGAAUAUUUGUACAGGUCAGCCAAUGCCAUAUACCUAUUUCAUUCGUUCAAUUGACACCGGUGUUGCUCUUGGAUAUGUUUAUCAUUCUAUGGCUUCUUGUUCAUCUAAUAUCAAUGCUUCACCCCUUGCAGAGACUUGUGGUGAUUGUCAAAAAGGUACCACACUCACCUGUAACGAAGUGUAUCUACCAAUUUUUUGGAGCCAAAUUCGAUUAGAAUGUCUGAACAUUAGUCCUUCAUUUGAUGAUCACUAUUGGCUACGCAUGUUAGCAGACCAGACAACUGUUUCCGUGGAAAACAUGUCUCAUUUAUAUAUUUUGCCCCAUAUAAAUGAGACAUGUUUUCUAAUUCAUGCUGAAUUCCCACAUGGAUGA